UCACGACGAUCCGAUGAGGCUAUAAAUCUGUCGAAAGCUGAGUUCGACUAUUUUUACUCGCAUCUACCUCUCUCUGUGGAAGAAUUAACUCAUCAGGGAUCGAAAGAAGACGUCCAAGCGAUAUGUCUGUAUCUAUGCAUUUGGUUUUUUGUCUGAAUUUCUUGAUGAUCGUUCAGUUCCAGUUUUUCUCAACCGUCGCUGUGGGCCCACAGGGACCGUCGGGUAAUUCGCAUUGUUGCGGAUGUUCUCCUGGUACCCCAGGAUACCCAGGGAAUCCAGGAAACCCAGGGAUACCAGGCCAGCACGGCGCUCCAGGGCGACAGGGAGCGAAAGGAGCACCUGGUCUGCCCGGCAGUUCAGCGGUGUCAAACUGGAAACAAUGCGCAUGGAAGAACGUAAACAGCGACCUCGACAACGGCAAAAUAUCUGAGUGCUCAAUUACAAAGAAAAAGGAAAACACACAUCUUAAAGUUUACUACCAGGGAAAUAUGCGGGUUAUAACCGCUCGAACCUGCCGCCGCUGGUUCUUCACCUUUAACGGCGUAGAAUGCUCCAUGCCAAUUGAUACAGCGGUUUACUCUGGAGGCGCGUGGAACAUAAUUCGCGCGGCUACCAUUGUGGGCUACUGCUCAGGGGUUCCAAAGGGCAACGUAUUAGUAGGGUUAAACGUGGGUGCCUGCGCUGGAUCCAAACAAGGGAACGCCUACACUGGUUGGAACUCCGUGAGUAGGAUCAUCGUGGAAGAAGUGGAGACGCCCUACUGAGGACUAUUAGAAUCCUUAUGAACGUCCUAAUUCAAAAGCUCUCAGUAGUAUUUUACAUUACCAGGGAUCAAAUUAACGAGUAAGGGAGAAAUAAACGCAGCAGAUUAAAGACUAAAAGUAGAACAUUGUGAGUAAGUCUUAAAAAAAAAAAAAAAAA